GAUAGGUUACGUCAUUCAAAACAAACACCUCCCUCUCCAAAGAUAUUGAAAGUUUGUGAGGAUGCUCCCUUGGCUGGGCUAACGGGAACCACAGACUCGGGAAAUAACGGUUGUCUUAUCCAGUUGACCGUCUUUUUGCUUCAAGGAAGCCAUCGUGUUUUCGUGCUCCUCACUUCCGCGUUCAUUGUGCUUCGCUAACGAUUCCGUCUGUUCGCAACCAUACAAGGAAUCCAGUGUUACUUCUAAGAUGGCUAUGGUAAAGAGUGGCUGGCUCCACAGACAAAGUACCAUACUGCGCCGCUGGAAAAGAAACUGGUUUGACUUAUGGGCUGAUGGACGGCUGGUGUUCUACAAAGAUCAACAGCGACGUGACAUGGAGGAUGACAUCCACAUGAGGGUCAACUGCAUUAACAUCCGAAACUCUGCUGCAUGUCAGGAUCUGAACCCACCGGAGGGAAAGACACGCGAUUCCUUGCUCCAGAUCGUGUGCAGAGAUGGACGGGUCAUCAGCCUGUGUGCAGACAGUGCAGAUGAUGCUCUCGCAUGGACCAUGGCUCUGCAGGAUGCCAGAAUAAAUGCGGUGGUUGCUCCUCCUCAGAUUGGCUUUGCAGAGGAAGUUGUGGCAUCUGCUCCUCCUCCUUAUUCAGAAUAUGCUCACCCACAGGUAAAUGAAGUUUAUGCCCCAGGCCCCUAUGGAGACUACACUGCUCCUCCUCCACAUGCCACACAGGUUGUGUACUCCGCUGAUGGGCAACCCUACACUGUUGCUUAUCCAUAUCAGUACCAAGGUGGAUACGUUGCUCCUGGAGUGAACCACGUCAUCAUUCGGGAGCGGCAGCGGGGUGACGGAGGAGAUGUGGCUUUGGGCAUGCUCGCUGGAGCAGCAACUGGAUUGGCCCUUGGCUCUCUCUUCUCAGUCUUCUAGUGCCGUGGCUUAUCUCCAUUUGUUGGCUCAUCAUUGCCCUGUACUUACAGCAUAUGGCCUCUUCUCUGUGCAGUCACAUGAUUUCGAAUGUAAUGAAACAUGAUUGUGAUAGGCAGUGGCUUACUUCCUAAAUACUAUAAGCACUUUUUCAUAAGCUAUCACUGUUUUCAAACCCUUUGUGUUGUCUUAAUGUAAAUAUUAUUAACCAAAUAUACAAUUAUUACUCACUAAUAAGAAUUAUUAUAAUGGCAGGAAAGAUGCUACGUAUUUGUUGCACACCCCAGGUCCUCAAGUCAAUUUGUUUCAGUUUCAUGAAGCAGUUGGCCUUUACAGUUGCACAUUUAUGUUUGUAACCAAGACAAGUUGUUUGCGUUUGCUUGUUUCUUGUGUUCAUAUUUGUGUACUGUAUCUUUUGUUUUGUUUAGGAGACGCCUGAGACGAGUGUUGUUGUAGAGAAUUGCACACAUAUGAAGCAAUAAUCACUUUCAUUGUAGCAUUCUGAGGCAUCUGGUAAUAAUGUCUUUACCAGAAAUAACACCUUGUACAGGGAAAUAUUUGCAUUAACGUGAAGUAGAAAGGGACAGAACUUCUCCUGAAUCUAAUAUUUGAGUGGAUUUAGUAUUUUCAGUUCUUGGUCAUUGGCAGCUGUUGUUCUUUGUCUUGAUAAGUUUAUAUUUAUGUUUUGGUUUGCGUUUCCAGACUUGAUGCACAAACACCUAAAAUGUAGCUCAGUGUCAUGAGAGUUGUUGACGUUUCAGCCUGUAUGUUUUAUUUUUCCUCUUCAGAUGCCUUAAAUUUAGCAUAAAUCAUGACUCCAUUAAAAAUCACAAAUUCAGCUUCAAGAAAUUGCAAUUACAUUUUAAAUCAAAUAUGCUUUAUUUAAUUAUACGGUAUGAAGAAAUAAGAAAUGUUCAAUUGACAUGAUGUAAUUUUUCUAAGGUCUUAAAUUUAUUUGGAGAGGUUUUUGCUUUUUAAAUGUACUAAUUAAAUUGUGACUUGUCAGAAAGAUAUAUUGAAUAAGGAUGUAUUUUAACAAAUAAAUAUAUUCAAAGUUAA